AUGGAUAGUGAUACUAAUGCCUCCCCCCAUCUUGAGUCAGAAGCAUCUUCAGAGCUCAAAUCAUCAGACACUCAAACAUCAAAGAAAAGGAAAAUGGUUGAGAAAACAGUUGUGGCAGUGAGGAUAGGAGAGAAUGUUGGCAAGCUCAAGAAUGAAGGGCUACCUUCGGAUUUUUGGUCUUGGAGGAAAUAUGGACAAAAACCGAUCAAAGGGUCUCCAUAUCCAAGGGGCUAUUACAAGUGCAGCACAUCCAAAGGUUGUUCAGCCAAAAAGCAAGUAGAGAGAUGCAGAACAGAUGCUUCAAUGCUCAUCAUCACAUAUACCUCUACACAUAACCAUCCAUGCCCCACCACCAUCACCACAAAUUCACCCCAACAACCAAAAGAAUCCGAAUCUGAAACCACCCAAGACCUCUCAGCUACCUCGAAGGAGGAAGAUCAAGAACACAUAGAAGAAGAGCAAAGGGAUAAUAAGCCCAGUGAUGAAGGUACAAAUGAAGAAAAUUUUCUUUACUUGCAAUCUCCAAUACGAUGCUCCCAAGACAUAAUUAUAGAACAAGAAGACCCUUUCAAACUAAACACGGAGAAAAGCCAUGAAAGAAUAGAUCUCCUCUUGGAGGAGCAAGAGCCCCUUUGUUAUGCACAACUCAAGAACUUGUCUGCUUCAAAAAAUGAAGAACUUGAUUUUUUCGAUGAGCUUGAGGAGUUGCCCAUGUCGUCAUCUUUCUUGCACUUCACGAGGAGCAUUUUUUCCGAUGAAAGAAUUCCCGUUGCCCCUUCUUGA